GUCACAUGUCAGUGGAGCUGGAUUUUAUAGGAUCUCUCCGGGAGAUAGCCAACAACGACGCAGCGACGGCGAUAGGCGACUCGAUGUUCUCGGAAAAAUAUUUCUACUGGACUGGUAGUUUCUGUCCGAGGACGAGUUACGAAAUGGAACAAAGUCGUAUAAACGCUGAAGAAAUCCCAUUUGACUGUGAAUCAUUAGCCAGUAACAGAGAGCAUCAAGAAAGUCAUACAGAAACUACUAUUAGAAGCAAUCUGUUGAUAUAUUCAAGUACUGACUCUGAAGAUGAUCUACCUUUGUCAACUAUCGCUAGAAGACUGCAACUAGCUGCAUCUGCUUCACCAGUUGGAAGAAGAUCUCCAGUUUGGUCUAAUGUGGAAACUCCUACACCACCUCCAGAUUUUACUGCACAUUCUGGUUUAGCGGAUUGUGUAGCGAGUAUGACAGAUCCAACACCGUAUAAAUUCAUAGAAGGUAUUUUGAAACAAACCUGUAUGCUCUACAAAAGGGCGAUGGUACAUAUAAAAAAACUAAAUGUAAAUAUAAGAAGUAUACAAAGCUUUGGGUAUUAUUUAUAUCCCCAAAUAGCAUUUUAUAUGUGA